AUGGCCAGUCGUCGAGCAGCCAUCUUGGUGGAAGCAUUUGGAUCAGAAGGCGCCACACCAUUCUUUCCAAAGGACGAGAGGAUUCGGCAGCUGCUUCGAGACGCCUUGAACGAAGCGAAAGAUCCCUUGGGAAGUUACUUGGAGGAGCUUGAUGGUCGACAUUUUGAGAUUUUGAUUGAUGCCUUCCGUUCUCAUGAGGUACCAAGGGGCGCCAACGUCAUUGUGGAGGGACGCCUAGUGGAAGACUCGACACCGGGGCUUUUCGUUUUGGAGGUGGGAAAAUUGGAAGCAUGGAAGAUCGACAAGUCGUGGCCGGAUAAGGAAGAACGAGUCCAGGUGUACCAAGAGCCGGGCAGUGUCUUCGGCGAAUUAGCCGUGAUCCAUCAGGCUCCACGAGCUGCAACCGUGGAAGCUGUGGAAGCCUCCAAGAUUUGGUCCGUCAGCAGACAGACGGUGGUCAAAAUCACUAGGUCGUUCCAGGAAGCGAAGCGGAUGUACUAUGACAGGAAACUUCAGUCUGUUCACUUGCUUCAGCCAUUGGGCCGGGAAGAAAGGCAGCAGGUCAUCGAAUGCCUUCGACCCCGAGUGUAUGGAGCUGGUGAUUUCAUCAUCUAUGAAGGUGAUGAAGGUCAUGAGUUCUUCCUGUUGAUUGAAGGCGAAGCUUCGGCCAUCAAGGAAGGACGCGUGGUCGCAAGCUAUUUGCCAGGUGACUACUUUGGUGAGCUGGCACUACUAUCAGCGAGUCCACGUGCUGCCUCGGUGGUGGCAGAGACAGAGUGCACCUUGGCUGUGCUGUUUGAAUCUGACUUCAGAAGGCUACUUGGUCCCUUGGCAGAGUUUCAUCGUCCUCGAGAAGCGCGGCAGUCGCGGCAGUCGCGCGGCAGCUCUCGCGGCAGCUGCGGCAGUUGCGGCAGUUGCGGCAGUUGCGGCAGUUGCGGCAGUCGCGGAGUCUCCGAAGGUGGCGAUUCCCCCCUGCCAUGGCGGUGA